AUGUCGUCUUCCAAGCCUUACAUCAGUCCCAAGGAUCUCCAGUGGAUUUGGAACAAACGCAAGAAGGCGGAGGUGGAGCCUUACGACAACUGGAUCAUGGACCACAUCGUAGCUAACAAGGGCACGCUCAACUACUGCGUUCGCUGGGACAGCAAGAAGACCCAGCCAACGAUACAGGCCACUGACCUCGAGUGGUUGGACGAUUCGCUCGGCAAGAUCUACAUCGGCGACCUUGUUGAUAAGGGCUCUCCGCAGUGCCACGACAACCGCUACCGCUCGGUGGACGGCUCUCCCGGUGGCUGGUCGGUGUACAGCAGCUGCGAUGGCAAGCCUUUCGACAUCUCUCUGUGGGCUACGCAGAAUCUGGGUGGCGGCUGGGGAAUCUAUAACUUCCAGCAGGUGGACCUUGACGACAUGGUGGCGCACCUCGAUACCGACGAGCUUACCAUUGUAUCGCACGAUAUGGGUCACGGCUUUGGGCUACCGGACUUCUAUGAGGAGCCCCAGCCUCUUAACUUCAAGCUGUGCCUCAUGGAUGCGCUCUCAACACCCACGAUCAAAGACACGGACGGCUGGAUGGUUCGCCGUGUGCUCGGAAACAAGAAGCCCAACUAUCACUUGUAA